GUAAUUUACCAUAGAUCCCUCUUACAAUAGUGAAAUAUAAAAACUUGAAUAAUCGGCGAUCCAGUAUUUGGAAGAUGAUGGCCACAGCGGAUCGACAGCAUAGAAGAGCAAACCCAGUGAAGGGAUUUCCAUCACUGGCAGCCUUUAUUUCAAGCGACGUGGACAAAAGCACGUUAAUAUUCAAUCGGUUCGACACAUUAGCAGCCAGGAACCUGCUGUAUAUGCAGGAAGAGCUUGCAGAGCUGCAAGCGGAGCUUGAUGCAUACGACACCAGUGAUGGCAGCGAUCCUGUAUCGAAGAAGGCCGCGCGGAACUGGAAAGAGUUUAAGAGGAAAGGAGAUGUGCAACCGCGACGACUAGAGUUGGUUAAAGAUAUUAGAGUACUCAUGAAGGAGUAUCGCGAAGCAUUAUUGAACGAGAGAAGGUUUGCUGCUAUCCCACCUCCUGACAAAAGAACCUUCAAGGCAUUCCGGGAAGAAUUAUUCUAUUUCGAUACGGCGUCGAACUCAAGCCUAUGCGUCAUUGGAGGGCACAGUAAGAACCUGUACAAUGAGACAAAUGAAUUGGCCGCACUCAGGGUACAAGAACAACAGGAUCGACUUUCGCAGUUCGUAGAGGAUCACUUAGGUUAUUUCUUCCAAGAGAAGUCAAAGCCGAACUCUUAUGCAGCUGGUAUAACUUCAGAUAUCAGUUACAUAUCUGGCCGCUCGAUUUCGUCCUUUAUCUCCUAUCUGAGCACUCUCUUAGCUGCGAUCUUGCUAAUCGGCGCAAUUAUCGUGCUGUACAAAGUCACGGAACCGAACAAGAAGCUAGGACUGCUAGCAAUCUUCACGUGCCUCUUUGCGAUUUCCGUUGGACUUCUCACCAAUGCCAGAAGAGCAGAGGUUUUUGGAGCCACCGCAGCAUACGCAGCUGUCCUCGUCGUAUUUGUUAGCGGAAAUCUCGGUGGUUCACCAGGCUAGGAGUUGGAAUACUAGUAUUUUGCAGUCUGAAGAAGUAGCCUUGGAAGCGAGCUAUACAC